AUGAAUCGAAAAAUGAAUAUCGACGAAAGAAAACGACAAUUUUUUUAAUUUAAACGGAAAAAAAUCAAUGGCUGCAAGAAUUUACUUGGAAUAAAAAUCGAUUUGUAACUAAAUUAAUCGAAUCUUCAUCAUCAGCAAAUUUAUUGAUAAUCGAUCCUCAUACUAUUAUUCAUCUUAUUAUUUUUAUUUUCUUCUUCUUCAUCUUGAAAAUACCAUUUGAGCAAUGAGCACCAAUAUAUUUAAUGUGCCAAUGGCCAACACUGCUAUUGCAACAUUAACACCAAAUAGCCUUAAUCACCAUCAUCAUGUUCAUCAUCGACAACAUUCAUCAAUAUCGAUGAUGGAUUCAAAUCAUCAUCAUCAUCAUCAUCAUAAUCAUCCAUCAUCAAUAUUGUUUCCAUCCACAGCAGCAACAACAACAACGAAUACACCAUUCAAUAGUGGAUCAACACCAUUAAUAAAUUCACCAACUACUGCAUUUCCUUUUCCACCGCCACAAUCACCUGGUUAUCUUUCCAGUUCAUCAUCAUCAUCGUCAUCGUCGUCGUCAUCAUCAUCAGCAUCGAGUACAUCAUCCACAAUGAAUCCACAUCAUCAUCCUCAUCAUCAUCAUCAUCAUUUACAACAACAAUUGGCGUGGAUGGCCAACAACAACACACCAAAUUCUAUACAAGCUGCAUUAGCAUUACAACAAAUACAACAUCAACAACAACAUGCAAAUAUAAAUGGCAAAAUAACAAGCGAUAAUAAUAAUAAUGAAUUGAUCCAAACAACAACAACAACAACAACAAAAGAUCAUUUAGAUAGUCAUUCGAUGAAAUUGAAAACCAAGGCAACACUAGCAACACCAGCAACAACAACAACAGUGGCAACGGAACUGACAUCAGCAUUCCGAUCAAUGACAACGGCAACACAAGAUUCUUCAAUUAAAGAGAAAUUCACUUUUCCUUCAAUCGAUUCUCCUGGGAAACAACCACAACCAUCAGGCGUCAAUUGUUCACCCGGUGGUAAUAAUAAAAUACAAAAAUGUACCAAUAAUGGUACAAUAACGCAAUCGAAUCCAGAUCUUACAUGGACAAAUUCUUCUUCUUCAUCAUCAUCAUCACCAUCUGCUGCAUUUGUAUUGCCCAUAAGUAAUUCUUCAAGUCCAGGAAUAACAACAACAACAGGUCAUUUAAGGCCAAAUCCAACAUCACCAUCAGCAUUUACUUAUCCACAUUAUCUGAUGCCACCAAUUUAUUCUUAUUACCAACAAGCGGCAGCAGCAGCAGCAUCACAAACAAAUCAACAGCCAGCAGCAUCGCCUAUUUCACCAUUUAUUGUGCCAAAUCAACUUCAACCACCACCCCCACCACCAUCAUUACAUCAUCAUCCAUUAAUAUCACCAACCAUAUCAAAUAAUUCAUCAAUAUUUUUUCAUGAUCAUCAUUUGCAUCGACAACAACAACAGAUAAAGUCAAAUCGCGAUACAAAUAUAGAAUCACCAUCAAGAAUCAAUAGUCCAACAACAAUAAUAAAAGAGAAUCAGACAAAAAUUAAGGCAAAUAAUAAUCAAAUUAUUGAUCUCACAGCAAAUCGUAAAUGUGAUAUAACAACAACAACAACAACAAAAACGAAUCCACCACCAACUGACAUUGAUAAAACCACAAACAAUAAUCCUAAUGAUUCCACAAUGAAUAAUGGACAACAACAACAACAACAACAACAAAGUCUGAAGAGAAAAAAUCCAGAUGGAUCGGAUAAAUCUAAACAUAAGCAGCAACAACAAUCGAUAAUUGAUAAUAAUAAUCAAUUAAGCAAUAAUUUUCAUCAUCAUCAUCACACUAAUCGUCAUUUAUUAUUACAACCACCACCCGCACCACCACCACCACCACCACCAUUAUCAUCAUCACCAUAUGUAACUGCCAUUAAUUCAAAGUAUUUAGAUCAUCAUCAUCAUCAUCAUAUGCCACCAUUAUCUGCACCACCGAUAAUUCCGCAUCAAUCAUCAUCAUCAUCAUCAUCACAUAAUCAACAUCUUGUUGGCAAUAAUAAAUGUUUUGAAUUUCCAAUCGAUAUGAAUAGCAGUAGUAAUACUAGUAGCAAUGGAAAUAGUAGUAGUAAUAUAAAAUCAAAUAAACUUUGCGCUAAAUCAUCAAAAUCAUCAACAAUAAGCAGCAGCAAUCAUUCAUCAUCAUCAUCAUCAUCGAAACAAGAUAAUCAUUUGAUGAAAAAAUCAACAACAAAAAAUUUAUUUCCCGAAUAUUUUCGUAAAGGAUCCACCAUACGUUUAGGUGAUGGUAAUCUUAAAAAAAUUGAAGAAUUAGUUACCAGAGAUUUUAUCGACAGUGCAACAUGUAAUGAAAAAUUUUCUAUUGAAUUAGCUGAAAUUGUUGGUAUAAGGGAAAAAAGUAAUGGACAACAAAUUCGUAUAAAUUUUCUGAUAGGACAAUCCCGUACAAAAGUUUCGUUUGAUUCACCCAUUGAUCAUCCAUAUUUUGUAUAUCAAGAAGGGUGGAGUUCAUGUUCACCAACGCAUACACAGAAACGUUAUGGAUUAAAUUGUCGUCGAUUAAUUGUUGGUGAUAUAGUUGUUACAUUGACUAGCAAACAAACAAAAACAACAACAACAUCAGGUAAUUCAAUUGUACAGGAUGAUAGUGGUGGUAGUAAAUCAUCAUCAAUCGUUUCAAGUUAUAGUUCAUCAACAUCAUCAUCAUUGACAAAUAUUUGUUCUUCAACACCAAAAUCGUAUACGGCAAAAAUAACAACAAACAGUAGCUUGAUGACAAAAAAUGAUGGACAUUGUCCACCACCACCUCCACCUGCACAUUUAUCCAAUUUAAAAAAUCAUCAUCAAAUGAAUGCAAACAGCAACAGCAGCAACAACAACAACAACAAUUCUUUAAGCGCAUUGAACUUAGAGAAUAGUAGACGAAAAAAUUCUUUCAACAACAAUGAUGACAACGACAAUAAUGAUGAUAAAAUAAAUAGUGAAAAAAAUCGGGAUAAAAAACCAACACCAUUGAUAAACGUUGAUGAUGAUGUUGAAAUUGAUGUUGAAAAUAUUGAUGAUGAUGACGAUGAUGGUAAAGCCGAUUCCGAGGACGAUGAAAACAAAAAACCAUGA